CCUUCAGAUCCCAAAUAUCAACAAAGAUAAGAAGAAAAUAUCAAAACAUUAAUGCCACAUAAUAAUCUAUCUUAGCAGGAGAGGAGAACAGAGAGGAAGAGAACAGAGGAUGGCUGCACAAAGAAACACCCUGCCUGCCUCUCCAAGGAGAAGAUCCACCACCCUUCAGCGCCUCUUUGAACUUGAUUCAAGGGAUGAAAACAGAAGCACUAAUGUUUUCAUGUUUUUGUCAAAUUCUGAAAACGAAGAAAUUCUUUCUAUUAUCACAUACUUCUCCAGCCCUCUUGAAUCCCCUUCACCACAAGAUCUUAAGCGGCUAAAGCUCACUCAGCUCCUCUCCAUCAUAAAGCAGAAGACGACACUGCAUGAUCAAACUCUAGCGCCUCUCAUGUUGAUGCUUUCGAAAAACCUGUUCCGGCCGCUCCCUCCGCCUUCCAACGCCUCCAUUACCUCAGAUUUUCCAGAUGAUGAAGACCCCAUUUCCAAUUUUUCACCAAAAUGGUCGCACCUCCAAAUUCUCUAUGAUAUCCUCUUACGAGUAGUUGCCAGCACAGAUCCUAAGAUGCUUGAAGACCAUGUCGACCAGCCUUUUCUUCUCAAUCUUUUAGCUCUUUUCCAAUCUGAAGACCCCAGAGAACGCGAAAGCUUGAAGAAUUUGUACCACCGGAUAUAUUUGAGAUUCACCUCCUACCGUUCAUUCAUGAGGAAAUCAAUGACAGAUGUGUUCUUGCACUAUAUAUUUGACACCGACCGGCAUUGCGGCAUCGGAGAGCUGCUUGAGAUAUGGGGAAGUAUCAUCAAUGGUUUUACUAUUCCACUCAAAGAAGAGCACAAGUUGUUCUUGAUGAGAGUGCUGAUUCCUCUGCACAAGACAAAGGGGAUGCUGGCUUACCAUAGGCAGCUGGCUUAUUGUGUCUCUCAGUUUGUGCAGAAGGAGCCUGUGCUUGGAGGGCUUGUUGUGAGAGGAAUUUUGAGGUAUUGGCCUGUUACUAGUUGUCAGAAGGAGAUUCUGCUUAUAGGGGAAUUGGAGGAUCUGGUGGAGAACAUAGAUCCUGAUCAGUAUAGAAAGUUGGCUCUGCCUCUGUGUUCCAGGAUUACAAAAUGUUUGAACAGUUGGAACUCACAGGUUGCUGAGCGUGCACUCUAUGUGUGGAACAAUGAGCAUUUUGUGAAGAUGGCGUCAGCAGCAAUAGAAGAGGUAUUUCCUGUUGUGGUUGAAGGCAUGGAGAAAAACCUAAAAUGGCAUUGGAGCAAAAGCGUAGGGCAACUGACAGAAAAUGUGAAGGUGAUGCUGGAAGAAAUGCAUCCAUUUUUGUACUCCAAAUGCCUCGAAGAAAUUGACCUCAGAGAAUAUAAAGCUCGCCUGGAUGAGAUGCAGAGGAAGGAAAAAUGGGAGAGAAUUGAGAUGGCAGCAGCCCGGAAGGAGUUCCUUCAACCACCACACUACUUGUGUGUUUCCCAUUGAAGAACAAAGUGUACCAACUUGUGCUGCCAAAGUGACUCAAAACCCAUUUGAGUAUUAUCAUGGAAGAUAAAUGAAAAGCUUAAUUUCUUUCUACUUAAUAAUUAAGCUCUACUGAAACCAGCAGGCA